AUGUUCAAUGACAGCCGGCUCUAUAUCUUUCGGCAAUUGAAAGUAAUAUUAGACGAGAAAUUGGACCAGAAAUUAACACCUUUGAACUUGAAAGUUUCCGAGCUCGGCUCUAAGCUUGAAGAUGCAAUGCGUUUUAUUGAAUUGGCUAAUUCUCAGUACGAGGAGGUAAUGAUGAAGUUUAUGCUUGCCCAAAGGGGACAAAAUUACGAACAUGUACAUAUCAUUUCCAUCACGCAAAUAUCAGUUUCAAUCCAAAUUCGUCGAAGUUGAGGAAAAAAUCGUCAAAGUCGAGUACAAAUUCGUCGAAGUCGAGUACAAAUUCGUCAAAGUCGAGUUGAAAUUCGUCGAAGUCGAGUUGAAAUUCGUCGAAGUGGAAGUUGAAAUUCGUCGAAGUGGAAGUUGA